GGAGGGCGGGGCUUAAGGGGGCUAGUGGAAUUUUCCAUCUGAGCCGCUUAUUAUAGAGCCGAGCCCGAGAGUCUCCUCUGUGUCCCGCUGUCUCCUCCGUCUCUCUCAGUCUCACGUCAGUCUCACGUCAGUCUCAUGGCCAACUACAUCCACGUCCCCUCCGGCUGUCCCCACGUGCCCAAGAUCGACUUCACCGUCAUCGACUCCGGAUACCGGGACGGGGCCCUGCGGCUGCUCCAACAGCUCAGGCCCAAAUGGAAACCGGAACACGUCACUACCCAGCUUUUCACAGACGGAAUAACCAACAAGCUGAUUGGCUGUUUCCUGGGCGACACGAUGGAGGACGUGGUGCUGGUGAGAAUCUACGGCAACAAAACUGAACUUCUGGUGGACAGAGAGGAGGAGCUAAAGAGUUUCCGGGUUUUGCAGUCGCACGGCUGCGCCCCCCAACUGUACUGCACCUUUAAUAACGGCCUGUGCUACGAGUUUAUGCAGGGGGAGGCCCUCGACCCACAACAUGUCUGUAACCCCACAAUAUUCAGGCUGAUCGGGCGGCAGUUGGCCAAGAUCCACGCUAUUCACGCCCACAACGGCUGGAUCCCUAAAUCCAAUUUGUGGGUUAAGAUGAGGAAAUAUUUCUCCCUGAUUCCUACAGAGUUUGAAGAGGAGACAAUUAAUAACAGAUUCCAACGGGACGUCCCCAGCCCCCGAGUUCUGGAGGAGGAGAUGUCGUGGAUGAAGGAGGUUCUGUCCAAUCUGCAGUCGCCGGUGGUUCUGUGUCACAACGACCUCCUGUGUAAAAACAUCAUUUACAAUGAGAAGAGAGGGGACGUUAAGUUCAUUGAUUACGAAUAUUCCAACUACAACUACCAGGCCUACGAUAUCGGCAACCACUUCAAUGAGUUUGCAGGAGUGAGUGAGGUGGACUACUCCCUGUACCCUGGCCGGGAGUUGCAGAUUGAGUGGCUCAGGGCGUAUCUGGAGGCCUACAAGGAGCACAAGGGCUUCAGCUGUGAUGUGACUGAUAAAGAAGUGGAGGUUCUCUAUGUGCAAGUCAAUCAGUUUGCGCUGGCUUCUCAUUUCUUCUGGGGUCUCUGGGCCUUAAUUCAAGCAAAAUAUUCCAAAAUCAACUUUGAUUUCCUGGGUUACGCCAUCGUGCGCCUCAACCAAUACUUCAAAAUGAAACCCGAGGUGAUGGCGCUGACCCUCCCCGAGUAGCGGCGACCUCCAGGGUCCGACUCCUCCAAACUGGAUCUUAUUUCUUUCGGAAUCUCGUUCUGGGAAGAACAUGGGAACGGAGCGUCCGGCGUGCGCUUCCUUGUGACAUAAUAUCAUUUUUAUUUGAAAACCUGCCUUUUUAGAGAGAGCCUUUAAUCCCAGACUAACUGUCAGCUUUGAGGAGCGCGAGGGGCGGGGCCUGUGGCUCCUCCCUGGUUUUAUCAUCAGAAAAGAAGAUUUUACUUAAAUUAUUGAAAGAGAAUUGAGUAGCGACCCGCCUUCUGCCCCCUCCCAUAUACAUUGGCCACGCCUCUUUUCCCUGACAUUUCAAGUGUACGGGGCCCCGGGCCCUUCACUACGUGAAUAUAAUGUGAAUCUACUAAUAACCUCAGUGUAGCGCCCCCUGUCCCACAUGUUGCCCCCACACUUUCCAUGAGACGGGGCAGAACCCAGGGGGUGAACACUUUGCCUGGAAUCUUCUCACAUUAACCUUUUCCUUCCUGACGGUGCCUGAAGCCGACUGUGAGGCUUGGGGGGGGGGGUUCCCUUUAUAUGAAUGUCACGGUGCAAUUCAAGGGAAAGGGACAUUUACCAAGAGAUUUUCUAUUUUUCUGCAUUUCUAUGACGUCUGAAUCCGCUUUGCCCUGCGCGGGGCAGGUAGUGACGCGUCGGCUUCUGAUUGGGGAGUAAAAGAGUUAAAUUUCCCGCAAUCGACUCCGGCGCUGAAACUGUCGCUGAAUGGAGCAUGGGGUUCAAUAGACGUGGAGUCCGAUUCCCUGGCAGAUUUAUCUGGUUGGAGUGAAUUUCCCCUUUAAUCCUCAUGUUGAAAACAUCCGUGUGUCCAGUCGCUUGUGUGGGUGCAACUGUGUAGCAGCGGCUGUCUGUAGUGUGACCAGCCCCAUAGACUUCUGUUUGUUUUAUUUCAUCCUCAUCAUUCAGACGGGGACUAAAGAGAAUAAGGGGUGCACUGUCACAUGAGCCAGCCCCCCAGUACCCGUAUAAUCCGUAUUCCCAUGAUCCUCCUCUGGCGCCACUGGAAAUGAGUGUAAAAGGCGAGAGACCAAAGCAAAACUCCUGGCGCAUGUUGUACAUGGGGGGGGGGUGUAAUGCAUAUAAUGCGACUAACCCCCCCCCCCCACAGAUGGUAUCGCCUCUCACCUUUGUGUAACCAUUGCUUUAAAAUGAAGAGUUUUUUUUGUUCUCUAAACAAAAAUGUGUAAUUGUAUUGGGAGUGGGGGGGUUAAGACUCAGCACUUGGCACGAGACCCCCCCUGUAACCAAAAUGGCGAACGUCUUUCAUCCUCUCGGGGGUUAAGCACUUUACUUACGGCACAAGCGGUGUUUCCAUGGAAACGCCGAGACACAAUUGUGUGUUAAUUGCACAGAAAACUGUGAAGUUGUGACCUGUAUAUAGAACACGGACACAAACCCUCUGUACUGUACUCUGGAAUUAAACUCUAUGUAAUCCAAUGGCAUAUUCUAAGCAGCUUUUCAAUUGGUCUUCAUUAUAUAUGGGUAUAUUGUCUUUGCCUCCCUCCAGCUUCCAGUGUGGGUCACUGACCCCGGCAGCCAAACCCCUAUUGCUUAUUGUUACUUCUUAUUCCUGUCUAUUCAGGCCUUUCAAUCACCCCACUGCUUGGUUGCUAGGGUAAACUGGCCCCUAGCAACCGGACAGCUGCUGAAACUCCCAAAUGGACUCCUUAAAAACCACACAUUACAAAUGAAGACCAACUGCAAAUUGUCUCAGAAUGUCAUUGUCUGCAUCACACUUAAAGGGGACCUGUCCCUUUGCAUUUAAUAGCCAGUGGCCCUCCUGCAGUUUUUCGACCUUUUGUACAGCAGUGUCUGGUGGGGCAGUUACCAGAGACCCCGGUAGCUACUGGGUUGCCAGUUUGGUACCAGUUCUCUGGAUGCCCCACGUUGGUAUCAGAACAUCAUUAUAUGUCUUAAAGGGACCCACUAUGUCUAGGGAGGGUGCAGUUCCCCUUUAACUUCCUAUAACUGCUCAGAGUAACAUAUAAAUGACAUGUAUGAACUGUAGUUGUACUGACCAGAGAGCCUUAUUAAUGUGCAUGGGGGUGCAGGGCUGGGAGCUGCCAUACUGCUUCAUUUAACCUCGCGUGUAGAUAUAACAGGGGCCCCUAUAGAAACCUUGUGAUGCACCAGACAUGAAGUAACUGGUUAAUGUUGUUUUUGUUCAACUACAACUCACAGCUGGUAGAAGGGGACGAGAUAGGGCUGUAAUGCUCUCUGGGGUCUCCCUUUGUGGCCCCUGCUCUGUCAUGUACCAUGUGAUGCCCCUGUGGCCCCUGAAUGACUUGUGCAAUGGCUGCUGCUCCCCCUGCUGGGAAGGAAUGUGACUGCAACUCAAUGUAAAUAUUUCUCUGCUGAAUAAUAAAACGGAUCUGACUCCU